UGAAAAUGAGUUUCAAAGUCACAGUACUCUGUGUCGCUACUUUCCUAGUCCAGUGCAUCUCUGGCCAAAACUGUGGCUGCAUCACAUCACCCAACAACGGCGGCCUCUUAACCGUGAACAGCAACGGCCCCAUUAUUCCCUCCGGCCUCGCGCUAGGCGCGGAGCUAACUCUAGCCGGGGACUUAGGCCUCUCCGGCGCGCUGCCGUUCCUGAUCGCGGUGGCGUUCGAAGGCCAGCACCCCACUAGCGGGUUGGCAGCAGUAUCGUACGGCUGCGGGGACUGCGUGGCCAUCAAGCAGGAGCGCGGGAACCCGAGCGGGGACAAUGCUAACGUCAAUUCAGGCUCCCCGUUUAUUAGCACGUGUGGUGGUAGACGCUCUUAAAUUUUAGAUAAAUGUAUCAUA